AUGUUGCUUAUUGCCUCGAACGAUUCAAAGGUUAUUCCGCUGAAAGCGACUCCGAACACCAAGCGAGUCCGUGCAUCUCAAGUUUGCAUUAAUUUACGUUUCGCUCAAACUCAUCAAAAUCUACCGGAUAAGACAGAGAUAGAUAGUGGUAUCAAUGUUUCGCCGAAUGUCUACAGUUCUAAAUACGACCGGGGAUAUCCCAAGGAUGGUAAGGAACCCGGAUCUGAUGAUGGCUUCCUGGAGAAAUCAAGGGCAAUCCUCAAAUGUUAUAGUUAUCCGGAUAGGCGGCUAACCGGCCGCAUGCCUGACUUCAGCCCUCCUUGGGACAAACAACCAGACUCGGAACAA